AUGGUCUCCUUCUCCCGCAUGAUCUCCUCCGUUUCGGUAGCGCUGGCGCUGGUCUCUGUGAGCAGCGUUCUCGCUGCUCCUGUCCCCGAGGUCUCUUCCCUAUCCACCCGCGAUAUCACCGUCCCGAGCCCGGCCUUCGUUAUCUACUCCGACCUCUUCACCCCCGACCCCAACGUCCUCGGUGACCCGUCCAAGUACGCCGGCUACAACGUCAUCAACCUCUCCUUCCUCACCGUCAGCAAGGGGCCCUUCGACCAGGUCCUCCGCUGGCAGCAGCUCCCCGCGGACACCAAGGCGACCGUGAAGGCGCAGUACGCCGCAGCGGGCAUCCAGAUCAUGGCCUCCGCGUUCGGGCAGACCGACGCGCCGACGACGGCGGGCCUCGACCCGGCGGCGAUCGCCGCGCAGUUCGGGCAGUUCGUCCUCGACAACGGCCUCGACGGGAUCGACGUCGACUACGAGGACCUGGACGCGAUCAACAAGGGCGACGGCGCGGGCGAGGCGUGGGUGGCGGCCUUCACGCGCGCGCUCCGGGCGACGCUGCCCCAGGGCCAGUUCGUGCUCUCGCACGCGCCGAUCGCGCCGUGGCUCGCGCCGAACGCGGCGUUCGCGGCGGGCGCGUACGUGCAGGUGAACAAGGAGGUCGGGGACCUCAUCGACUUCUACAACAUCCAGUUCUACAACCAGGGGACAAACUACCAGGACUGCGACUCGUUGCUCAACGCCGCGCAGGCGCCGUUCACGGGCUCGUCGCUCUUCGAGAUCGCGAGCAACGGCUUCGCGCUCGACAAGCUCGUGAUCGGCAAGCCCGCGACCGCGGCGGACGUCGGCCCGCCCCCCAGCGGGCUCAUGGACCCCGCGACGCUCGGGACGUGCGUGGACCAGGCCGCCACGAAGGGCUGGAAGGGCGGGGUGAUGGUGUUCCAGGACCCGCACGCGGACUCGGCGUGGAUCCAGGCGGCGAAGGGCACCGCGUUCCAGUGA